UCCACGAGCCCUAGUCCACCGAUCCUACCUGCAUCUCCCGCCGCGCUUUACUACACCGGAUCGACUCGAGAGAUCACGCAGCUAGUAUCAGCCAACCGAGACCCACGAAAACAAAUCGUACGUACCCACACGCGUGCUUGGCGGCAAUGUGCAGAGGGGCGGUGGACGACGUCGGCCCGCGGCGGCUCGAGGUGCGGGCGUUCUACCUCCGCCUGUCCUCGUCAUCCACGCCCACGUCGGCGCCGCCAGCGGAGCUCACGCUCGUAUACCGCCCGGCCAUGGGCGGCGCAGCGCUGGAGCUGGGCGGCCGCGCGCUCCCGCCGGCGUGCCCCGCCGAGGUCACCCUCCUGCGCAUGCGCGGCAACGACGAUGUGCAUGUGCCGGCGUACGCGAGCGCGGACCGCGUCUCGGCUCCCGAGGGCGCGCGGUUCGAGGUGUACGCCGCCGGGAAGAAGGAGCUCGCGGCGGAGGGCGCCUUCGCGCGGCGCAAUGGCGGGUGGCUCGUCGAGUGCCGCCGCCCGGUCGCGUCGCGCUCGCGGGUGGCGGAGGUGCUGGUCGUCGCGGAGGGCGGCGUGGUCGUAAGAGCCAGGGCAAGGACGUUGGCGGCGAGGACGAUUGGGUGCGCCACGCGGCUCGAGGGGAUACCGGAGGAGGAGGCGGGCCCGUGCGACUGCGGGGCAUGCGGAGACGAGUGGGAGAUGGUCGGCCACAGCGACGACGAGUUCAAGGAGCACGAGGAGGAGGUGGAGGCGGAAGCGAUGCGGUGGGCGCUGGAGAUGGGCGCCUGGGCCGUGUGCGUCGGGGUCGGGCUGCUCGCCACCGCCCGCCGGUUCAGCCCGAGGCGGCCCGCGCUACGGUGAUACCUUCGCCAGGAUUUUGCAGUAGCUUCUUGUUUCUUUCUCAAGACUGUAGUAUGUAUAUACAUGCGAAUCUAUCAACAACCAAGACAUCAAAUGCCAUCAAAUGCGAAUCUAUCAACAACCGAGGCUGCCCCAAUUUUAUAGAUUGAAGCAGAAAACAGCAGUCACAACCAGAUCAAAGUACGACUAAAGCAACACACCAGGAGGCUACGCUACCUAGCGCUUGAGAGCAGAAGUUCUCUCCACCGAAACAUGAAAAAAAUACUAAGUAGUUUUUAUUACAUAACCAGAACCGAAGGGAGA